AUGACUCAUAAACUUAGGAUUCAUCCAACAUCUGUAAACAAUGGUGUCGGUGAUUCUAGUGCCUACAUUACUAUUGGUAGUAAUCUGACCAAAACACUUGUUAUUUCUAAACAACCAGGUCUCAUAAACCGCUUCCGUGAACGCAUAUUUGAUGAUCUUAGCUUUGUUUCUCUUACUCUUGAACUUCUUGAUUAUCCAAUUCAACUCCUCGUUCCAUCCACCUGGAGAAUGUGGAACAUCAAGCCAAUCAAGGGUUUGUUUCCAGAAUUGACACAAUACCUUACAUUGGAAGAAUAUAUGCUGAAUGGACUCUUUUUCUUUACAGAAACAACAAGUGUCAUCAUUGAGCAUCCCAAAUCGCAUAAGUCUCUCUUUUGUUCCUAUUCUCUCAUGACAAGUCAUCCAAAGGAUAAACCAGGCUCUCGGACGAGCCAUGUUACCUUUGAAAAGAUAUCUCCACUUAACCUCCUGGAACUGGUGAUUUAG